AUGGAGGGCAUAGGCAGCGGCUGGGCAGCUGAGCUCACCCCCCCAUGCGUGAUGCUGCAUGAUGUGAAUGGGAGCGACAGCGGUCAGGUCUUUGAGGUGGCGCUGCACAACAGCUCCUCCAAGCGCAGCCCCCAGUUUGUGGGCGUGGAGCUGCUGCAGUCAUUCAAGCCGCUCAUCAUCCCCUGCUACACCCUGGUGGCCCUGGUGGGGGUGUUCGGCAACUACCUGCUCCUCUACGUCAUCUGCUGCACCCGCAAGAUGCACAACGUCACCAACUUUUUCAUCGGGAACCUGGCCUUCUCCGACAUGCUGAUGUGUGCCACGUGCGUCCCCUUCACGCUGGCGUACGCCUUCAACCCCCACGGCUGGGUGUUCGGGCGCUUCAUGUGCUACCUGGUCUACCUCAUCCAGCCCGUGACGGUGUACGUGUCAGUCUUCACUCUCACUGCCAUAGGUGUGGACAGAUACUACGCCACAGUGCACCCUCUGAAAAAGCGCAUCUCGGUCUUGGCGUGCACCUACCUCCUCUCCGGGAUCUGGCUGCUGUCCUGCAGUCUGGUGGCCCCGGCUGUGGCUCACACCUACCACGUGGAGUUUACGACCGAGGGCUUCACCAUCUGCGAGGAGUUCUGGAUGGGCCAGGAGCGGGAGCGGCUGGCCUACGCCUACAGCACCCUCUUCAUCACCUACGUCCUGCCCCUCUCCGCGCUCUGCAUCUCGUACCUGUGCAUCUCUGUCAAGCUGCGGAACUGUGUCGUCCCCGGCCACCACACCCAGAGCCAGGCGGAGGCCCAGCGCUUGCGCAAACGCAAGACCUUCCGCCUGGUGAGCCUGGUGGUGGCGGCGUUCGGCAUUUGCUGGCUGCCCAUAAGCGUGUUCAACGUUCUGCGCGACAUUGACAUCGACCUGAUUGACAAGAGGUACUUUCUGCUCAUCCAGCUGCUCUGUCACCUGUGCGCCAUGAGCUCGUCCUGCUGUAACCCGUUCCUCUACGCCUGGCUGCACGACCGCUUCCGCUCCGAGCUGCGCAAGAUGUUCACGUGUCGCCGUCGCAUCGGCAUCUCGGCCAAUAACUGUGCCACAGCCAGCGUGGUUCUGUAAAGCUCUUGUGAGUUAGGAAGCUGUUGUUUGAGUCUUUGUUUCUUUGGAAAGACUUCAUUCUUCUCGUUCUGGAAACAUGCAAAUAAGAGAAUUAGACAUAAGACCGAUUCUCAACUUUCACCUAAACCAUCCACACUAAAUUUUACUUUGUAGUUUGCCAGAAUGCUGCUUGCAAAGAUGGAAAACAUGACAGCUGCCCAAAGGGGAAACUCACAUCUUGAUCACCAACUUGUGGUUGGCUGCAGUAUAGGUUACAAACUCGAACUCCUCCAUGUUAGAGAAUGGGACAUGGACCAAACUAAAAAGUCCAUGUCGAAUAAAGGUUUAUCAAAGGUGUUUUUUUGUCAUUUUAGGUAGAUUUAAGCACAGUAAAGUUUGUUCCAGUGUAAAUAUUUCCAGUACGCUUAGAAUUCAUUAGUUAUUUGAUGUUAUAAAAAUGGGGUGAAAUGUCAUGAUUGACG